AUUCGUGUUCGAUUAUCCAAGAUGGCGCAUUUCUCGUCGAUUUGUUGCAGUUUGCCAAUUUGUUGUUGCCGGUAAUGGCGGUAAUUCGCGCAUAGAUUGCAAGUUGGAAGUUUGGAACUUGGAAAUCGAGUAGCAGUCAUUAGCAGUAAUAAGUGUGAUACGCGGCUCAGGAUGGGCUUCCAAGACGUUAUGUAUACGGCAGUCACUAUGCCGUUUAAUGUUAUUCACAAAACGAGUGCGGGGGCCGCCUCGUAUGCUUGGGAUGCAGCCACGUCGGCGACAAAGUAUUUAGGCGGAAAGCAGAAAAUUGAGGUGAAAAUGGCAGCGCCAGUACCUUUAUGGAAAUUAGCUGCUGCCAGCGGCCCAUAUGUGAGGCUUGCAGCUCUCAGCGGUGCAACAGCUGUGAUCCUUGGCGCCCUUGGAUCCCACCGACAUUACUCGAAAGAUGAGAUAGGACAGGAACAACGUCGGAUCUUCGAAACAGCGAAUCGAUAUCAUUUUAUACACACUUUGGCCUUGCUGGGAUUACCGUUAUGCAAGUUCCCAGCCUUGGCUGCGACUUUCAUGUUCUCUGGAAUCAUACUAUUCUGCGGAAGCUGUUAUUAUACUGCAUUUACCAAUAACAGACGAUUCAGUUCAACAACACCGAUCGGGGGAUUUUGUUUUAUACUGGCGUGGUGCAGUAUGUUCUUGUAAAUAUCGCUGUAGAAUUAGGUGUUUUCAUACAAGGAAGCAAUUAAGGCAUAAGCAACACAAUGCGCAGUAUAAAAAAAAAUGAAAAUAAUGGUAACAUUAUGGAUGGUUAAAAUAAUUUACAGAAAGAUUUAAAAAAAAAUAAAAAUAAAUCAACUUUUUAACAUGAAUAUUAUUGGGUGUAAUCGCAAUUAUGGAUUGAUUUUAUUUUCAGAAGAUAAUAGAGAUAAAAAUAAAUAAAAAAUAUUAUUUUACGAUUAUUCAAUGGACUUUGAAUAUUUCCUUAGAAAAUAACAGCAUGUCUCUUGUUCAAUUUCCAAUGUUUUUGUCUCAUCCAAUGUGUUUAAGACGUACAUUCCUUUGGCAAUUUAUACCUAUGCGUUUAUUGAAGGUUUUGAAGAAAAAAAGAAAAUAAAAAAAGAUCUUCCGAUAUGAAUAAAGUAAAAUUCGUUUAUAUACUACUGAAUCGAUAUAAAUAUAUCUUUUGUUUAUAAUAUUAAUGACAUGGGUUUUUCGCGUAUCCUGAACGGUUACACAUUUUACGACAGUGCAUAUCCAAGUUUCUUGAUCUCCUUUGCCUAUAUUGAUUUCCUUGCGCUAUCAUUCGCGAUUCGUCCUCACACAAAGUGAAAAAUAUUUUUAAAAAAUUGCAAAUAUGUUCACACGCUUAAUAAACGUAUAAUCGUGGUAAUGUAAGGUACACUGACGUCAGCAGUACAGUAUAUCUCAAAAAAAAAAGAAAAAAAUAUUUUAUAGUAACAAUGACAACAUAAAUUACAACUUCCGCUAAUGAAGGUAUGUGACUUUUAAAUCCGCGAGUUCUGGAGGAUACAACAAAUUAGAGAAAGCGCCCGCUCGUGUGUGCGAUGUACAUAAAAUUUGAAUCGAACAAAAGUAUAGAUUAACUUGUCUCACACACACUCUCUCGUACAGUUCUUAUAUAGAUUCCACGGUUUCUGCAAUGACAUAAGAAAGUAAUGUACCUUGUAUUAUCCAUUUGAUACACCAGCUUCACUUACUUUAUAUAUCCAUUCUAUUUUGUAUCAUACAAUUCUCUUACAAUUCUUUUUUUCUUUUUUCCCUCUAAAUAUGACGAUUUGCUUGUAAGUAAAUGGAUAUCGGAAUUUCCCUUCGAUUCACGCGCGUGUCACGAUGGUGAUUCCUUGGCGAUUCCGGUUGCAUUCUUAUACUGCUAAAUAAAAUAAACGGUCGGGCUAAUUUACUUAGAAUAGAAAUAUCAAAUAAAUGUUGAUGAGCGUUACACAUUGAUUGAACUUAAAUGUAGAAGUGUGUGGCGUAACGUGUGACUCACGCAUUGCGUUCUCGAUCGUUGAAACUUAAAAGCGACGAACACGAAGAGAUCGAUUA